CAUCGAAACUUCACCAUGUCAAUUCACUCAUCCAAACACGCCCUUACCACUUACGCCUCCAUAUUCCUCUUCCUACUUAUCGAAAUUUCAACGCCGAUCAAAGUUAUCGCCGGCGACCCCCACUUCAUCAGUUUCCGAUCACCAAACCUCUAUCCAGAAGGUCUAGCGUGGGACCCAACAAAACAACACUUCCUCACUGGAUCCUUCCAUCACCGCACCAUCUCAUCAAUCUCAGACGCCGGCGUCGUCCAAACCCUAAUUUCCGACUCCUCCCUCCCCGAAAACGUAACCGUUUUAGGUCUCGCCGUCGAUUCACGCAACAACCGCGUCCUCGCCGCGAUCCACGCCGUGCAACCUCUCCCUCCUUUCAACGCACUCGCCGCCUACGACCUAAAAUCCGGCCAGCGUCUCUUCCUCUCACUCCUCCCCUCCGAUGAACACGCCAUCGCAAACGACGUCGCUGUUGACUUCAACGGAAACGCUUACGUCACGAACUCCAUCGGCAACUUCAUCUGGAAGGUCAACGCGAAAGGAGAAGCUUCGAUCUUCUCGAAAUCGCCGAGGUUCACGGAACAUCCAGUGGACCGCGAUACACCGUAUAGUUUCUGCGGACUCAACGGUAUUGCUUACGUCAGCAGUGGCGGUUACCUCUUGGUGGGGCAAUCCAAUACGGGUAAGAUGUUUAAGGUUGAUGCGGAGGAUGGCACCGCUAGGCACGUGCUUCUUAAUGAAGAUCUCACGGCUCCUGAUGGUGUCGUUUUGAGGAGUGACGGUGUCGUUUUGGUGGUUUCGCCAGAAGUGAAUAAGUUGUGGUUUCUCAAGAGCAAUAGUGGAUGGAAUGAGGGUGUGGUUUAUGACAAAAUUGACCUUGAUGAUGAAGGGUACCCUACUUCGGUUGUUGCGAGGGAGAGGGAUAAGGCGUAUGUGUUGUAUGGGUAUUUCAGUGAGGGUGUUUUGGGAAAUUCAGAGAGGGAGAGUUUUAGAAUUGAGGAAGUUAGGUCACCGAAGGAGAGUGAAGAUGAGAAUGUUUGGAUUUAUGUGAUGAUUGGAUUCGGCUUGGUUUAUUUCUUGUAUUGGAGGUUUCAAAUGGGUCAGCUUGUGAAGAAUAUGGAUAAAAAGAUCAAUUGAUUUAUUUGUAAGAUCAAAGUUUGUAUUUUAAUCCCAACAUGUUGUUUGACUUUAGAUCAAUUCAGUGCUUUUUUUACAGGGAAAUGUUACUAAGUAUAUGAAAUUGUUAGUUUCAAAGGUUUGGUUAGGUUCAUAUGAGUGAAAAUUCUCCCAUUUUAGUUUUUUGUGCCACGCUCUUAAGAGCUUAAUGUGGUUCCUAGAAUAUAAUGCUCUAUUCCAUAUUGAAAAACAAAAUUAAUUAUAUUUGAUGGAAAUUCAUGCUUUUAUCA